GAAGAAAACGGAGAAAAUAAUGGCGAGGUUGCGCAUAGUUGAGUGAGUGUACGCUCGCGCACGUUCGCGAUCAGCCGAUGAAACGCUUCCCGACGUCGUAGCCUCGCACACCGCGCGCCUGUAGUCGUCGUCCGCGGCCGUGCGCACACACAGUGUUCGGUGCACACAGGUUGGCAGUAGAUUGCAUGGCAUUCGCGGUGAGCGAGCCAGACAGCGCCGGGCAGCAGUGAGCGAGCAAGAGAGCGACUGAGGAGUUUAGAAAUGGCCGCUGUUAGCAGUGGCCGCAGUGCUGGUGCUGUUGUAAUGGCUCCGAACCUGGACGCGCAGAACGAUCUCGACGACUUGCUGAAGAAGCUUUAUCCGGCUGUGUGCGAAGAGAAGACACCUCUGCCUCGCGCUUGGAGUCCCAAGGAGAAGUACAAUUACAUUGGACUCUCGCAGAGCAAUCUACGAGUUCACUAUAAAGGAUGUGGGAAAACGCACAAAGACGCUGCCAGCGUGCAAGCGACGCAUCCGAUUCCGGCAGCAUGCGGUCUCUACUACUUCGAGGUGCGCAUAGUUAGCAAAGGCCGUGAUGGCUACAUGGGCAUUGGACUCUCUGCCGCCGGCGUUAACAUGAACAGGCUGCCCGGAUGGGAUAAACAUUCAUAUGGUUAUCACGGUGAUGAUGGUCACUCGUUCUGCUCGUCCGGCACAGGACAACCAUAUGGUCCCACCUUCACCACGGGCGACGUCAUCGGCUGCGGCGUGAACUUAGUCGACAAUACUUGUUUUUAUACCAAAAACGGGCACCAUUUGGGCACUGCUUUCACAGAUCUACCUCCUAAUCUAUAUCCGACCGUUGGAUUGCAGACCCCUGGAGAGGUGGUAGAUGCGAAUUUUGGUCAGGAGCCUUUUAUGUUUGACAUUGAGGACAUGAUGAGGGAAUUGCGAUCUCGAACAAGACUUCAAAUUUACGAUUUUCCAGUACCGGAGAGCCAAGGCGAAUGGCAAACCGUAUUAAAUAAAAUGGUAUCGUCUUACUUAAUACACCAUGGUUUCUGUAACACUGCCGAAGCAUUCGCCACUGUAACAGAUCAACCAUUUAACGAAGACAUCGCUUCAAUAAAAAAUCGCCAAAAGAUUUUAAAAUUAGUGUUAGCUGGUAGAAUGGGCGAGGCCAUAGAUAAGACGAAGCGCUUAUAUCCGGAUCUCUUGAAAAACGAUCAGAAGCUACUGUUUAUGCUGAAAUGUCGGCAGUUUAUUGAAAUGGUGAACGGCACCGACGUGGAGGUGAACGCCGGUCGCAAAUCUGCCAGCAACAACAGUCUCGGCACACAUCCACCGCCAUACACGAACGCCAAUUCACCGAGCAGCCCUAUACAGACGUCGGUGAUACAGUCGACGAAAGCGUUUGCUAGCAAUAACAAAUCACCAAAGCUGGAUGAUAUGAACAAUCAGAACCAGCCGGCGGCCGCGCUUAAUGGCAGCGCUAACAACUCGAAUAAUGCGGCUCCAGCAGCGAGCAUACGAACCCCACCAGUUGAUGCCAGUGCCGCGGAUAGCGACGUUGAAAUGGACACCUCCGAGGAACCGCAGCAGAAUGGGCAUUCUGUGAGCGCCAAUGGCAAGAGUAACGGGUAUCAGAACGGCAACAGCCAUACUCCCGCAAGCAAUGCGGGCGUCAAUCAAGUAGAUUGUUUUGAAAACGAGGAUGAAGAUAUGGAUGUGGAUGGGCCAUACAGCCGGAAUAGUUGUAAACCUGCCGUUCACAGAAUUCUUGAAUUUGGGAAAGAGCUAUAUGCUAUGAGUCAAACACUCACUGAAGACGACUCGAAUGAAGCUCAUGACAUGGUCAUGGACGCAUUUAGUUUAUUAGCCUAUUCAAAUCCAUGGGCGAGCCCCGUAGGAUGGCAGUUGGAUCCACUGCAGAGGGAAAGAGUUUAUGCAUCACUUAAUUCAGCUAUUUUAAAAUCUACUAAUAAACCUAGAAAACCACCACUGGAAGUCGCGAUGGCGCACGCUCAAGAACUGGUGCGCUUGAUGGCCUCCGCAGGUAUCGGAUCUAGUGCCUUCGCCUCCAUCCCCGAACUCCUGGAGCACUGAUACUGACACCCGUUCGGAUACGACUGCGCAUACCUCAUGCGCAACACGUUAAUUAAUUCGGGCGCGAAUUGAAACAAGUCGUUGGUUUGGUAACCAGAGUGAACUCAAUAACAUUUAUAACGUAGAGAUUAUUCAGCAUGCACGCGGUUUGAUGCAAAACACGCUGGGAGGGAGGACAUGCAAACGCCAUUAUAGUUUCAGUUUGUAAUCUAAGACGGGAUUAACACUAAUUCAACAUUACAUAGACUGCCAACACAUAAUGGAUAGUUUUAUGCUACCACUUGUCACGCAUAUGUUGUUGUUCACGAAAUUGUUCACUCUCAGCUCCGGAGAAACCAGUUACAUGGGCUUGUUUUAUACGUUACUAUAAUUCGUUUAGCAUAAUUUGUGUACAUAUGAUUUCAGCGUAUUCCAUAUAUAUUAUUGACCUUUUUUCCGAACAAUUUGAAUAUACAAUAAUUAUGCAAUAAUUACUAUAAGAAUAAAUCUAUUGUUUUUGUUUGCUUUCAAA